AGCUUUGCUGUUUUUCUGAAUGCUUGCUCUAAGCUGUGUCCUUUGUCAGGGAGAGAAUUGGGUCACUGUCGACCAAGAAAGAUUUUACCUAAAUGGAUCGGAGUACCAUUAUAUUGGAACCAAUUACUGGUACGGAGUCAAUAUGGGAGCUCCCCUCUCUGGAGACCGUGAUAGGGUCAGGAAGGAACUUGACCAGCUGAUUAGUCUAGGAGUGACUAAUCUCAGAAUCAUGGCUGGAGGUCAAGGGCCUGACGAUAGAGAGAAAAGGAUUGUUCCCUCGAUUGAGCCUGAACCGAUGGAGUUUAAUGAAGAUGUCUGGCUUGGAUUCGACUUCCUUCUCAAUGAAAUGAGAAAUAGAGGAAUGAAAGCUAUCGUUCCAAUCAAUAAUUACUGGGAAUGGUCUGGUGGAUUCGGACAAUAUGUAGAAUGGCAUGGUGGAGACUUUGAAGACCCUCUUAGUUUUUAUGAAAUGAUUGAUGUACAGGAGCACUUUAGGGCUUUUACUGAAUAUUUGCUGAACAGAGAGAAUACAUUGAAUGGGGUUUUGUAUAAGGAAGAUUCUACUAUAAUGGCUUGGCAAUUAUCCAACGAGCCUAGGAUUGAGAAUUGCACUUUGUAUCAAGAAUGGAUCAGCUCAACUGUUGACUUUAUCAAGGAUAUUGCUCCUCACCAUCUUGUAUCUUUAGGAAAUGAGGGAACUAUCACAAAUUGAGCUAGAGAAGGAAAUGAGGUUGAAUCUUUGGAUUAUGUCACUUUCCAUUGUUGGGCUCAGAACUGGGGAUGGUUCGAUCCAAAGGAUCCUUCAAGCCUCGAUAGUGCCCUUGUUCAUGUGAGAGAGUACCUUGACAAAAAUGUUGAGAUUGCGAAUGAUCUUCAUAAACCAGCUGUUCUUGAAGAGUUUGGAAUAUCAAGAGAUGACGCAUCUUAUAGUCCAGAUGCUUUGACAACUCUUAGAGAUAAAUAUUACAGAUUUGUUUUUGAAUAUGUUGUCGAUCAUGUGAAAAAUAGAUCCUCAAAUAUUGUUGCCACUAACUUCUGGGCAUAUGGAGGAAUGGGAAGACCAGUUUCUGAAGGAGGAUUGUGGAGGCCAGGAGAUGAUUUCAUUGGAGAUCCUCCUCAUGAGCCACAAGGAUGGUACUCUGUCUACGAUAAAGACUCAACCUUGUCUAUUGUGAAGAGUUAUAACAAUCUUCUAAGACAUAUCACCCAUGGUAUCUCCAAUAAAAUGAUCAGCAGAUCUGAAUAGAUAAUUGAUCCUAAGACUAGUACUACAAUUUGACCCAAAAAUUCUGUCGAUGAGGUGGCAAGUUUAAUGUUACAAAAAUUAUUCUUUUUUUCUUGGUCGCUUAAAGAAACUUCCAAUGGCCUUUUGGUCGUUUGGGAGCUUACGUUUUCUACCUCCCUUAGCCGGUCACUCAUUGGUAGUAUCUAAUAACAUCUUUCUGACAUUUCUGGACUUCUCUUCAUCUUUGAUAUCUCUUUUCUUCUUGUUAACCUCGAUAGUUUUUCCAAAGGCCUGUUUUAUAUCAGACUGGUCGGACAACAAGUUCUUUUUACGCUUUUUCUCUGCAAGUUUUUCCUUCUCAAGUUUGAUCUCGUAUUCAGUCUUGAGGCCAUUGAGUUUUAGAGUUAUAGCUUUGGUCAGC